AGCAAAGGAGAACCAUGCUUUCGCUUUAACUUUCACUGCAUCAUAUAAAGAGGAUAAAUGAGGCCAAUCAACGGUUGAGUUAUCCUCUUACUGGGCGUCGAAAUGAAUCCUGACCGUCGAAAGAAAGAUAAUAAAAAAGGCAAAAGGGCAGGGAAAAAAGACCAAGGGGUCCCAUAUGCACGAACGUGACAGUCCCACACGCUGUAAAGCUUCAUUAACAGUGAACUUUAAGACUCACCAUAAAACCCUAUCAAACCCCUCACUUCUCUAAACACUUCAUCUAUGCUUCCUACAAGAAAUUAGAGAUCAAGUCUACUCUUUAACUUCCCGCUGGAAACCACUUUUGGUUUUACUGUAGCCGGAAAACCGCCUUUUCCCUAUAUUUUUCCCCAGGAAACCGCCAUCAAGCUGCAUUUUCCGACUAGAACAUUGAUCACCAUUGGCAUGGGUUUUGCAUCGGAAAACCGCCAUUUCUUUCCGGGAAACCUCGACUAAGCAGGGUUUAUCCACCUCAACACAAAACCACCGUUUCGUAACGGAAAACCACCAUUUCUCGCCGAAAACCCCCUCUUCAUUACUCCACCUUAAUACCAAAACCACCAUUCCCUCUCUCUUCCCACCAUUCCUCACCACUAGAUACCCCAUUUCCCAUCAUUCCCACACCUGAAAAUAAGACCACCAUCAAGAAAAAACUGCAACUCCAUUUAUUAGCUGUUUCUGACUAAGAAACCACAAAAUCUCACCGGAAAACCACCAUUUCUCACCGGGAGACCAGCAUCUUGCACUAUAUGGAGAUCCUAGCCCAAAUCUGGUCAUUUCUAGGCCUCUUAACUGUCCUCCAAAAUGUGUUACCCUCUCAAAUCCUAACCCUAAUCCUCUCAUGGUAUGAAUCUCUGCAAGACCUCAUUUCCCCUUACUCAUAUUUCGAAAUCCCGGAAUUCAACGGCUACUGCUCCGUCGAGCCGAACGAGCUCUACCGCCAGAUCCAGCUCUAUCUCCAGAGCCUCGGCACGUGCCUGAACUCUCGAAGGGUGACAGCCACACGUGCCAAAAACUCGCGCCAGAUCUCGUUCAUGGUGGCCCCGAACCAAUCUUUCGACGACACGUGGAACGGGCGCAAAUUCUUGUGGACCCACCACGUCGAGACAGUGCAGGAGUCUCUCGAGGAGAGGCGAAGUUUCGGGCUCAAAAUCUCGAAGAGGGACCGAGAAUUCGGCCUCAACCGAUAUUUCGAGAGGAUCGCGAAGAUCGCCGAGGAAUUCGAGAACUCGUCAAGGGAUCGCCGGCUUUUUACAAAUAACGGCCACGGGGGGUUCGAAUCGGGGUGGGCCUCUGUUCCCUUCCGCCACCCCGCCACGUUCGAGACCCUCGCCUUCGACCCCAAGCUGAAGGCUGAAAUAACGUCCGAUUUAACGGCUUUCUCAAAGGCCCGUGACUUUUACAGUCGAGUGGGCCGUUCAUGGAAACGGGGUUAUCUACUUUACGGACCGCCGGGAACCGGUAAAUCGAGUUUAAUUGCGGCAAUGGCGAACUUCUUACACUACGAUGUUUACGAUUUAGAGCUCACCAAAGUCUCUGAUAACUCAGAGCUCAGAGCUCUCCUCAUUCAAACCACGAACAAAUCCAUCAUUGUCAUUGAAGACAUCGACUGUUCCCUAGAUUUCUCCGACCGGAAUCUCAAUUUCCGGCGGAGAAAGUUGCCCGAAAACAGAAAACACUGCCAAAAUGGGCCAGAAAAUCCCGGGCAAGUCACACUCUCUGGCCUCCUGAAUUUCACUGAUGGGCUCUGGUCGUGCUGCGGGGAAGAGCGUAUAAUCGUAUUUACUACGAAUUACAAAGACGCGAUCGACGUGGCACUUAUCCGGUCCGGCCGCAUGGACAUGCACAUACGGCUUGGGCCGGCGGGGUUCGACGCAUUUAAGACUUUGGCCUGUAAUUAUUUGGGAUUAAGAGAUCACAGGCUUUUUGAGAUUAUAGAGAGAGAGAUUAGUGAGGGGGGGAGGUUAACACCAGCUGAGAUUAGUGAAAUAAUGGUGAGGUUUAAGGGGGAUGUUGAUAACGCCCUCAGGGAGGUGGUAACGGCGUUGAAAGAGAGCGUUAUGGAAUUUGUGGACGAGAAAACGGAUAGUUUUCAGGGCGUUGUGGGGUCGCCGUUAAAGGGCUUUGGUAUGGCGGGAAAGGGUAAGAAAGGGGGGCUGACGUGGCAGGAGAAGGUGAGGUGUUUGGUGCGUGUUAAGAGUUUGAUGAGGUCUUCUUCCUCUUCUUCUUCUAAGAGAGGGAUUUAGGGUUUUUUUUGCUCUUUUUUUUUUUUUCCUAUAUUUCUAUUUCUCUUUUUUUUUCUUUUUUUUUAUUAUUUUUUUUUCCUUUUUUUUUGGAAUAACUUCCUUGUAAUAACAUUAUAACAUUGUUGAGUCUAAUUGUAAAAAAGGUGACCGCCGAGUUUUGCCGGAGUUUCCUAGUUUCAU